AUGUUCUAUCGUGCGACGUUUGCCGCUGCUCUACUCAUUUGCACAACGCUCGGAUACCAUCAGUAUCGCGAGCUCAAGUGCACGACGCCGACGAACACGAUUCGCGGCGGUCCCGAUCGCGCCGAAUGCCAUUUGGUGCUGAAAGAGGAGGAGCUCGAGCCGGGACGUCCGGUGCCGACGGGACUCGGCUGCUGGCAGGAGGAGCAUGACGGGCAAGAGCGCGAGUAUUGCGAUCUCGUGUGCCCCAAAUCGCACACCGUCUUCAUUUCGUACAUCGAUCAGGGACAUCGAGCGUGCUUCAACUUUUUGACGUACCAAGUGGAGAAGCGUGGCGAUGAGCAAUUCCUCUGGCGAAGUGGCAAAUGCUUGAACUCGACGGUCAACUACCGAAUUGGAUGCAAGUUUGAUGAUCCGUUCGAUACGCAGUUCAAGUCGGAUAAUGAGAUUUUCGCGCAUCUUCGCGCGAGAGCCCGAAAAUUGUAA